AUGGGCCGUCAGAACAAGCGGAAACGUGAGGCUGAUGAUGCUGAUCUUGUCACUGAACCCAAUACGAAUGGGUUUGGCGUUGCAGAGACCCUGUCUCGUUUGAACGCACCGACACCUUUAGCCAUGGAUGAAACCGCCGGUGAUUCGCAAAACACAGAGGCACAAAAGCCUAGUGCCAAACGAAAGCGUGUGGAUGGAGAGAAAACCAAAUAUCCGGAUUUGACUUACGUGGAAGGCAGUUUGAAAAACUCGAUCAGAAUUGCAGAUCUGCAGGGACUGCUUCUCUACUGCUUUGCCGAUGGCGUCGCACCGCAAUGGAUUUCUAUCAAACAUUCUGGACACAUGAGAAAGGUUGUUGUCUUGAUGGUUCCCGGGCUUGAGAUUGGUAUGUUUGAUGGCACGAUUCCCCUGGAUUCGGACAAAAAGAUCGAGGUGGAGGGGAAGAAGGAUACGGAAAUGGCAGAGGCCGGGGAGACAUCAGACGAGCGAAAGCAUGCCGAUUUUGAGCGAUGGAAGCAAGGACUUCCUUUGGAGGAUCGUUCUUCGCGGUUCAACCCCCGUCAAUUGGAAGCAGACACCCUACCCGAACCAUUACGCCCUCUGGCGAACAUGUUCCCCCACGUCUGGCCUGUCCGAGCGCCCGGUGAUUCCAAGUACAACAAAGUGCAUUCUCCUCUUCAAGCGAUCCUUCUCUCAUCGCUGCCAAAAACCAAGGAGAGCGGUGGUAGCGGAAAGGGCGCGCGGCCCGCCAAAGUCGACAGAAACUUCGCACCCAAGCGCACCCCAAUCACACGGUUCAUAUCCAACAUGGAGGAUUUGCGCGAGAACGAGUAUAUUCUGCACCCUGCAUUCUUCACGACCGACGAGGCCAAGGAGGCCCAACUCUCCGUCCGCCGUCAGACAGAGCAGUCCGUUGAACAUGGCUGGGUUGACACCGACGUCCCUUCUCUGGAGGCGGGGGAAGUGCCAGAGAGUGAAAUUGAGAGUGGUAGCAUGACUGCGGGUCGGACUGUGUUGUCCUUGGACUGUGAAAUGUGUCUGACGGAAGGAGGGCAGUCAGAGUUGACUCGCAUUAGUAUGGUUGGUUGGGACGGCGAGGUCGUUCUGGACGAGCUGGUCAAACCCACCAAGCCGAUCAUUGACUAUCUCACUCGCUAUUCGGGCAUUACUGAGGAGAUGCUCAAGCCAGUCACGACGACCCUGGCCGAUAUUCAAAAGAAGUUGUUGACAAUUCUGACUCCACGCGCAAUUCUGGUUGGCCAUUCACUCAACUCCGAUCUCACGGCACUGAAAAUCACGCAUCCAUUCAUCGUCGAUACCGCUCAUAUUUACCCACACCCGCGUGGACCACCACUGAAAUGCAGUCUCAAAUGGCUCACCCAGAAAUACCUGAGCCGGGAAAUUCAAAAGGGCACCACUGGCCACGACUCAGUCGAAGAUGCUCGGGCUGUGCUCGAGCUUGUCAAGCUGAAAUGUGAAAAGGGCGAGCUUUGGGGCACCAGCGAGGCAUCCAACGAAAGUAUCUUCCGGCGACUUGGACGAUCUACGAAGAAUGGGAAGACCACUGCCCCCGGUGAAGGUCGCACCGGCGCCGUCGUAGACUGGGGCAACCCCGAGCGCGGCUUCGGCUCCCAGGCCACAGUUUCCAUGGGGUGUCGUGACGAUGAGGACGUCGUCAAAGGUGUGGCUUCUGUUGUGAGGGGCGACGAAACCAAUCCCGCAAUUCCAGGUGGCGGUGUUGAUUUCACGUGGGCACGCCUGCGUAAUCUCGAAAUGGCUCGCGGCUGGUGUACUCGCAUGCCUGAUGCGAACAAUGCCAAUGAAUCGACAGCUCUGGUCCCUCCUCCCGAGGAAACGACCCCAACAACGGGUCCUUCUGAUUCGUCGAUAGGUCCUUCGCAGCUGUCCCAGGUCGUCAGCCGCACCGUCACUGACAUCUCCCGCAUCUACGAGUCGCUGCCCCCAUGCACCUUGUUCGUUGUUUACUCAGGUACCGGUGACCCUCGAGAAGUGAGUCGACUUCAAGCCAUGCAGCGCAAGUACCGUGAGGAGUUCAACGCACGGGUGCCUUGGGAUGAGUUGAGUGUGAAGUGGACAGACACGGAGGAGCAGGCCCUGAAGAAGGCCUGUGAACGAGCGCGCGAGGGUUGUGGAUUCAUGGUUGUCAAGUGA